AUGGUGUGAUAGCUAACGUUACAGUAAUAACGUGUAUUGCUGAAAAACGCAGUAAAGGCAAGUGACGUAAAUGAUUGCAUCAGUCAUGUAACGUUACGGUAACUUACCCAGUGUGGAAUAAACAAUGAAAUAUAUAACCAUAGCUAAAUUAGUGGCCAUUCGUAGGGCUUAGCUUUCCUCCAACGUUACCGUUAGCUCUCAAUGGCUAGACUAAUGUAAUGCUAGCUAGUAUUCUGAGAAAUUAUCAAAUACAGCCAAUCCACAGAGCCAGUUAUGUCAUUUACGCGUGCUUUUUAAAUGUAUCUUUGUAGCACGUCUGAUAGUUUUACAUUCUUGUAGCUAAUCGAUGCUAACCUAGCAACUGUGUGCUUUUAAUGCUUGUCGAGUUACUGUAAUUAACUAGCGACAGCAGCUGAUGUCUACAAUGGGAGAAGAGGCUGCUUCUGCCGGCAGUGACCGUCAUCCACUUGGGGGCCAGCGCAAUGAUCUGCAGGAGGAGAGGAUCUACAUGGACUAUAAUGCCACCACCCCACUGGAGUCAGAGGUCAUAGUGGCCAUCACAGAGGCCCUGCACGAGGCCUGGGGGAACCCCAGCAGCAGCUACCUGCCUGGCAGGAAAGCCAAAGACAUUAUCAACACGUCCAGGGAAAAUGUUGCUCGCAUGGUUGGAGGGAGAGCAGAAGACAUCAUCUUUAUGUCGGGUGGGACCGAGGCCAAUAACCUGGUGUUCCACACGGCCGUGAAACACUUUUGGGAGAGCAGGGGAACAUCAGAGAUGAACGGACAGGAGAGGAGCCAUCAUAACGGAAAGACUCUUCUGCCUCAUAUCAUCACUUCCAACGUGGAACACGAUUCUGUCAAGCUGGCUGCCGAAAGCCUCUCCAGAGAGGGCAAAGCAGAUGUCACCUUUGUGCCCGUUUCCAAGGUGACCGCGCAAGUUGUGGUAGAAGACAUGAUGGCUGCUGUCCGCCCCACCACCUGUCUUAUUUCCGUCAUGCUGGCCAACAAUGAGACAGGGGUCUUGAUGCCAAUCAGAGAGCUCUGUCAGAGGGUGAAGUCUCUUAACAAACAGCAGCAUGCUCCCAGAAUCCUCCUGCACACUGACGCUGCUCAGGCCAUGGGCAAAGUGCGAGUGGAUGUCCAGGAACUAGGUGUGGAUUAUCUUACGAUUGUCGGGCACAAGUUUUAUGCUCCACGAAUUGGUGCACUCUACGUGAAUGGUCCUGGAACUACCACCCCUGUAUCUCCCAUGUUCUUUGGAGGUGGGCAGGAAAGGAACUUCCGACCAGGGACCGAGAACACACCAAUGAUUGCUGGUCUUGGAAAGGCGGCGGAGCUGGUGAACACACACCUGCCUGAGUUUGAGACCCACAUGCGAGACACCAGGCUCUAUCUGGAGCAGCAGUUGCAGGAUGUCUUUGGGAAGGAGAAGAUCCAUUUUAACAGCCAUUUUCCUGGUUCAGAAACACUCCCGAAUACCUGCAAUGUGUCAAUCCUUGGCCCAGGACUGCAAGGACGAAGUGUACUGUCAUGCUGUAAGAAGCUGCUGGCCAGUGUGGGCGCUGCCUGCCACUCAGACAGAGGAGACAGGCCGUCCCACAUCCUCCUGAGCUCCGGGAUCCCCGCGGAGGUGGCGGCCAACGCACUGCGUCUGAGCGUGGGCCGGGGGACCACCCGCAAAGACGUGGACCUGGUGGUGGAGGACCUCAGGGCGGCUGUGCAGGAGCUGGAGGGACAGAGCUAAGCCUCAGUGGAGAAAGAUCCGGAUGUAUCUGAAGAACUAUUAUGCAUAACUGAAGUUUGAGUGCUAAAAAAUGCUAAUGAUAAUAUAUUAUAAUAAACUGAUACAAAUAAUAAAAUGAUAAAAAUACAAAAAAAUUUAACAAAUUACAAAAUGUAACAACCCAUUAUUUUUUUCAAAUGGUGAUUCUAGAAAUUGAUUUUAGUGUAUCUACUUGUAUUCUUCCCAACUGUUAAAAGUUUAUCAAUGCAUUCUACUGUAGGAGAUUUUUAAUGCAUUUUUGUUUUUUAUGUAUUGCCUUUAUUUUACUUUAUUAGAAAGGUCUGCAUUGGCAUUGCUUGGUUUGCACUAAAUGCUGGAAUUUUAGGGAGCUUAAGUUAUGUUUAUUACAGGGGAGGAACUACUUUAAGUGCUUGAAGGACACAUGAAUCUGAAAUACUUUUACGGUUAUUCAUUAUGGUGUUUGAAUCAGUGCUUUUGAUACUGGUCAAGAUUUCAGUGAAAAAACUAUUAAAGGUAUAGUGUAUAUCACUGUUGAAACUAUGUGAAAUGAAAUACAUCAUGUUCAUAUUGUACUGUAACUAGCAAAUAAAAUGUGACCAAUAAUACCAUA